CAGAGUUAAGAGUCACAAAAAUGGGACUCACGAAGGACAGGAUUAAGGACUGCAUCACCGCUGAACGCGUGGCUAUAUUCUUUGGUCUAUUGUCAACCUGCUUGAUCGUUGCCCUCGUGAUUGUGGUGGUACACAGGGAUAAUUUGUGGCUGCAGUUGGACGAAGCCAAAAGGAUGUUGGAUGUCCUGGAGGAAUAUAUUCAAAGCCACCUGCUGACUUCUGUUCCGGAUAGAAAUUCAUGAGAAUUAGGCUGCUGGCAAGCAUUUAAGAAGGAAAAUAGUAUAUUGUUUUCACAUAUAUACUAGGG